AUGUCUCUCUUUCACAGGCUACGUCCAGGAGAUGUGAAGGUAGUAGCUGCGCUGGGAGACUCUCUCUCUGCAGGGUUUGGAGCUAAGGCGACCAGCAUCCUCAACCUGCGGACGGAGUGGAGAGGACGGUCCUGGAGUAUCGGGGGAGAUGAGAGCCUGGAGAAAGUCACCACUCUGCCCAAUAUCCUGCGCAAGUUCAGCUCCUCUCUCUACGGCUUCUCGCUGGGUAGAGGAACAGCCAACAGCCGCUUCAACAUGGCAGUGAGCGGCGCCAAGGCUGCGUGAGUCUCCCAGACUUCCUGUCGGUCUCUGUGUCUCUGUGUGGGCAAGGCUGUACGAACACAAGACAUGUCACAGACAAGAGGAGCCGUUCGGCUC